AUGUCAUCAUCGAUAUAUACAAAAGGGACGAGAGUAUGGCUACCUGACCCCCAUACAGGCUGGGUAGCAGGGACGGUAUCCUCCUUGACGCUACCCUCUGACGAGGCAUCUUCGUCGGAAUGUACUAUGGUGAUAACGUAUGAGGCAGACGCCAAUACGACGAAAACACUCAAGUUCCCAUACUCUGUCAUUCAAGCUGCCAGCGCGGAUGCUGCAUCAGGUAAUAUACAACCUUCAACACCACCUCCAGGUCAAGAUCAGUUACCACCGUUGAGGAAUCCACCGUUAUUGGAGAGCUCAGAAGAUCUGGCUAGUUUGAGUAACUUGAAUGAACCUUCAGUCCUUCAUGCCAUCGCAACGAGAUAUAGCAGACAUCUACCAUACACCUACUCUGGUAUUGUACUGGUCGCUCUGAACCCUUUCAGUCCUCUAGCUAUCUAUGGCCCUGAGAUCAUCCAAGCUUAUUCUGGUAGGAAGAAGGGAGAGCUCGAACCGCACUUAUUCGCUAUCGCCGAAGAAGCUUUGGAUUGUAUGAGACGUGGUUCUGGGAAAGGUGGAACGGAUCCUACAGGUGCAGGAGAUCAGACCAUUGUGGUCAGUGGAGAAAGUGGAGCAGGUAAAACCGUAUCAGCCAAAUUCAUCUUGCGAUAUUUCGCCUCGGUGGAUGAUCCGACCAAAUCAGAAAAUUCAGGUGGAAGACGUAGAGAGAUCGGUGGAGAUGACGAUGGCAUGAGUGAAGUUGAGAAACAGAUUUUGGCUUCGAAUCCUAUUAUGGAAGCGUUUGGUAAUGCGAAGACUACAAGGAAUGAUAACUCUUCGAGGUUCGGUAAAUACAUUGAGAUCCUAUUCGACCAAAGUCAUGAUAUCGUUGGAGCAAGAAUACGUACCUACCUUCUUGAAAGAUCACGAUUAGUGUACCAACCAGAAUCGGAGAGGAAUUAUCACAUAUUCUAUCAGCUUCUAGCUGGAGCUCCCUCAAAAGAAAGAAAAGAUCUGUCUUUGUCGUCCAAUCCAUCCGAUUUCGCUUAUAUGGCAGGCGGAGGACCCACUUCUACGCCUAUACCUGGAGUGGAUGAUUCCAAAGAAUUUAGGGAGACUCAAAAUGCUUUAUCAACCGUUGGAAUCUCUGUAGAGAAACAAUGGCAUAUCUUCAGAUUGUUAGCUGCUUUACUGCAUAUCGGUAAUAUCAAGAUCACCCAGGCUAGAACGGACGCUGUUCUGUCCGAUGACGAUACUGCUCUAUCCCUCGCUACUAAUUUACUUGGAUUGCCAAUAGCGGAUUUCAAGAAAUGGACCGUGAAGAAACAGCUUAUUACCAGGUCGGAGAAGAUCGUUACGAAUCUUGGAUCAGCUCAGGCUAUGGUGGUGAGGGAUUCGGUAGCAAAGUUCAUUUACUCUUGUCUGUUCGAUUGGUUGGUCGGGGUCGUCAACGAGAGUUUGUUAGGCGAAGGAGGUGAAGGUGCUAAGAAGGCUACCAAAUUCAUCGGUGUUCUCGAUAUCUACGGUUUCGAGCACUUCAAGAAGAACUCCUUCGAGCAAUUCUGUAUCAAUUGGGCAAACGAGAAAUUGCAACAAGAAUUCAACGCUCAUGUAUUCAAGCUUGAACAAGAAGAAUACGUGCGAGAAGAGAUUAAUUGGACUUUCAUUGAGUUUGCCGAUAACCAAGCUUGUAUAGAUGUCAUCGAAGGCAAGAUGGGUAUUCUUACCCUACUCGAUGAAGAAUCUAGAUUACCUGCCGGAGCCGAUGCGUCAUUCGCCAACAAGCUUCAUCAACAACUCACCAAACCUGAACAGAAAGAAGUGUUCAAGAAACCUCGAUUCAAUCAGAAUGCUUUCACCAUCACUCAUUAUGCCCAUGAUGUCACAUAUGACGUUGAUGGAUUCAUCGAUAAGAACAGGGAUACCGUACCAGAUGAACAUCUGGCAUUACUGCAAAACUCCUCAAAUGAAUUCCUCCGCGAGGUGUUGGACGCAGCGUUGACAGCGGCAAACACAGCGAAACCUAAUGGCGAACAAACGAAGACUGCUGCUUCGGCUGGACCAGGUCCAGCCAAGAGAGUCGGAGCAGCCACCAGGAAACCUACACUAGGAUCCAUCUUCAAACAUUCCUUGAUCAGCUUGAUGGAUACUAUCAAUAACACCAACGUCCAUUACAUCAGAUGUAUCAAGCCUAAUGAAGUGAAGAAAGCAUGGGAAUUGGAACCCCAACAAGUACUGGCGCAAUUGAGAGCCUGUGGUGUUUUGGAAACCAUCAGGAUCAGUUGUGCCGGUUAUCCAUCCAGAUGGACAUUUGAGGAAUUCGCCGAGAGGUACUACAUGCUCGUUUCAUCUAAAGAAUGGUCCUCCAACACAGAUUACAAAGGACUCUGUUCGCUCAUCCUCCAAAAGACGCUUAAAGAUGAAGACAAGUAUCAAAUGGGUCUCACCAAAAUCUUCUUCCGAGCGGGAAUGUUGGCAUUCCUUGAAUCUGUCAGAACUCAGCGAUUGAACGAAUUGGUUACACUAGUCCAGAAGAAUGUCAGGCGGAGAAUUGCCUAUAAACAUUAUCAAACCCUUCGAAUCUCGACGAUCAAGAUCCAAUCUUGGUAUAGAGGUAUACUAGCUAGAAGAUUCGUAGAACAGAAGAAGAAAGACUCUGCUGCGAUAAAGAUACAGAAAAUUGCGAGAGGGUAUUUGGCGAGGAAAAGUUACACGGAGAUCAGGAAUGCUGUUAUCAAAAUUCAGGCCGUCGUCCGAGGUCAUCAAGCUAGAAAGAGAGCACUCGAGGAAAGGACAUCAUCGGCUGUCCUCAAACUCCAAUCGCUCUUCCGGGGUCUAGCCGUUCGUCGAAAAUAUCUCGCUCAGAUACGCCAAGUCGUCGUUCUGCAAUCCCAAUGGCGACGAAAACUUGCUGUACGAGAACUUCGAGGUCUUAAAGCGGAAGCUAAAUCAGCUAGCAAAUUCAAGGAAAUAUCCUAUCAACUUGAAAACAAGGUUGUCGAGCUCACCCAAAACCUCCAAAAGCGAAUUGCCGAUAACAAAGAAUUGUCCAGCAAGAUCAAAACGCUUGAACGACAGAUUGAGUCAUGGCAAAGCAAACAUGAUGAGAUUGCCACCAAAGCCAAAGGUCAUGAAGCUGAAUUAGCUAAACCUACAGUACCUCUUAGUCAAUUCGAAGAAGCGUUAGCUGCUAAAGCUGAAACGGAUGCUCAAUUGAAAGAAACUGCUGAGAGAGUCGCCGAGCAGGAGAAGGAGAUCAACCGACUUACAGCUGAAUUAUCUGCUCAAGCUGCUGAGAUGGAGGAAAAACAAUUCACUAUUGAUACUGCGGCAGCUAAGAACAUUGAAGAUCAGAAUACUAUUGCUGGUCUUAGAGCUGAAUUAGCUUCGACGAAAGAACAGAUCUCCCGACAUAAUACUCUGAAUGCUUUGACGAAGAAUGAAAGGCAGAGAGAACCACCUACAUCACCUACUCAACCUCAUGGCUUGAGGGCACUCCAGGAAUUAGGAGUGAACUCUGAACGGCAACCGUCUUCGUCCAGACGAAGGAACAGAAGACAUUCGACGACCGGUACUGGACCUUCCAACCAUGUUCGAAACUUAUCUGACGAGAUCACUUCGUUCAAGAAGAACAAUGCUAGUAACCCUCGAGCUGUAUCUGUCAUGUUCCCACCUAAUGGACCAGUAAGACCAAGAGAUUCAUCCGGAUUACCAUUACCCACGGUGCUAGACAACGCUUCGGACGAAAUGAUCAGGUUGUUGGAAGACGAAGCACCAUUGGAUGAAGAUGUGUUACAAGGUCUGAUAUAUCAAUUGAAAAUCCCUCAACCAUCUCUGCAUAAUACUCCUUCAGCCAAGGAGGUGAUUUUCCCAGCUCACUUGAUCAGUCUGAUAAGCAACGAAAUGUGGAAACAGGGUAUGAUAACGGAGAGUGAAAGGUUCUUGGCGAAUGUGAUGCAAGCUAUUCAGCAGCAUGUAAUCUCAUUCAAAGGUGAAGACAUCAUCAUGCCCGGUGUAUUCUGGUUAUCCAAUGUUCAAGAGAUCCUAUCGUUCAUCUGUGUCGCCGAACAAGAUGCCGCCCAAGGAUAUGGACCAGGAUUCGAUUCUGCCGAUAAUUCCAAUAUCGAUUUUGAGACCUAUGAACGUCUGAUUGGAAUAGUGAAACAUGAUUUGGAUUCUUUAGAAUAUAACAUUUAUUUCUCGACAAUGUUGGAGAUCAAAAAGAAAUUGACCAAGAUGGUCAUACCGGCUUUGAUCGAAUCUCAAUCUUUACCAGGUUUCAUCACUGCUGAUGGAACUGGUAAGAUGUUCUCUAGGAUGUUAUCUGGCAUGGGAUCCAACGCCCAACCCACAGCCACAAUGGAUGAUAUCUUAAAUCUGUUGAACAAAGUUUGGAAAUGCCUCAAGAGCUAUUACAUGGAGGAGAGUGUAAUGCAACAGGUCGUAACGGAGUUGUUGAAGCUGAUAGGUCAAAUUGCGUUCAAUGAUUUGAUAAUGAGAAGGAACUUCUGUUCGUGGAAGAGAGCAAUGCAAAUUCAAUAUAACAUCACCAGGAUUGAAGAAUGGUGUAAAUCGCAUGAAAUGCCUGAAGGGUUACUGCAACUUGAACAUCUCAUGCAAGCUACCAAGUUGUUACAAUUGAAGAAGGCAACUAUGGGCGAUAUUGAAAUCCUCUUUGACGUCUGCUGGAUCCUCUCACCUUCUCAAAUCCAAAAACUCAUCUCUCAAUACCAUAAUGCAGAUUAUGAAGCUCCCAUCUCCAACGAGAUCCUCAAAGCUGUCGCGGCGAGGGUGAAACCUGAUGAUAAAUCGGAUCAUCUACUGUUGACUCCUGAGACGGAUGAAGUGGGACCAUACCAAUUACCUCCUCCUAGAGAGAUAGCUGGGUUGGAAACUUACGUUCCUGCUUGGUUGAACGUACCGGUCAUUAGAAGAUUAGCUAUGCACGUGUCAUAA